AUGGACUCGUCAGGAGCGGAUGUUGCGGAUAUACCGACUUCAGAACCGGAGGUCAAGCCGGCAUCGCAAGCAGUAGAUUAUAGGGAGUAUAUUGGUCAGUUUGUGAGGGGACCCCCAACAGAGAGCUUCGAAGAUAACCUUCUCCCUGAGUAUAAGUAUAUCACCAGUUGGCCCAGUGCGGGUUGGACAAAUGACGUAAUGACCUACGCUAAUCUGAUUCAUCUUGCUCUCCUAACGCAACGUAUCCCCAUCCUCCCACCCUUCGCACCAUCUCACCUCUCUCUGUCUGCUGGUUUCCCCCCUGUCUGCGAGGUAUUCGAUAUUCCUCGCUUGUCAAAAGAGCUUGGCAUCCCUAUCCUGGAAUGGAGGGAUGUGAAGGACGAAGCGAGUGAAGCCUGGGAUGUCCUGGGAUGUUGGAGCACUUGGAGCACCUGGCAUGAGAGCGAACGACCCAGUAUCGUCCUGUCAGAACUGAAAUUGGACGUCUCGUAUACCGGUGUACCAGACAGCUUCAAGCUGUUUCCCCAAGAUGUCCGAGACCCUCAUGUUUCACUGAACAAGAUCAUGCAGCUUGCAUUUCCCUCCGUCCGAAAGAGUGCAUUGCAGAAGCAUCAUCCGGCGCCGGCAAGACUUUCCGGUCUGUCUCUCGAGCCGUCGGAACAUCUGUUAUGCUACGACUACCUGUACUACACGAGCGUCGACACAUACUACGAAUGGUGGCAGGACUGGAGUCCGCAGUGGCGACUCGUGGGAACCCAUAUGCACUGGAGGGAAAGGGUGGACCGGAUUGCCAAAGAAUAUCUGAUGCGUCAUUUCGGAACGGAGGAUGUGGAUUCCCUGCCGCCGUUCAUUGUCAUUCAUGCUCGUCGAGGAGACUUCCUUGGUCAAUGUGAGACCGCCAACGUCGAUUGCCUGCCCACUCUUGCCCAGAUGAAGACAAAAGUGGAGCAAAUGCAAAUCGCCCUCGCAGAGAAGGGGAUCGUGACGGACCACGUGCUUGUGACGAGCGACGAAACUGAUCCUGGUUGGUGGGCGGCAAUUGUCGAGUUGGGCUGGACGCACAUCGACCAUACCGCCUUCAGAACAGAAGCACGGUUCGGGAAAUGGUAUGGACCUAUCUUGGACGCUGCGUUUCACUCAAUGGGCGCGGCCGUAAUCGGCACGGAACGGAGUACGAUGAGCCUGCUCGGAGAACGAAGGGCGCACGACUGGCAAGACGCGCCAACGACAAGACUGAUGUUGAUGGAACCUUAG